GAAUUUACUUGUUUGAACACAUCGAAUUAACAACGCUUACUCGUGUGGCUACGCUAUGGAUCGUUCUCGGCUUUAUAAGAAUAAAGAUAAAAACGCAGAGGAGUUGAGAAGAAGACGAGUAGAUCAGUCGGUCGAACUCCGGCGCGCUAAGAAAGAUGAACAAUUACAGAAGCGGCGAAACAUACUACUCACCGAGCUCGAUGAGACUUCGCCUCUCAAAGAGAACCAGGUUAAUACGCCGGAGCACGUAAACUAUGACGCGCUUAUAAGGGACAUGCAAAGUCCUGACGAGCUUGUCCGUUUUCGCGCUAUACAGCUUUGCCGGAAGACCUUAUCAAGAGCUAAGAACCCUCCCAUCGACGAGUUCUACAAACGCAAUGCAGUCCCUAUUCUUAUCCAGUCACUCAGUUCAUCAUCUGACGCACUUGUGUUUGAAGCUACUUGGGCGUUGACAAAUAUCGCCUCCGGCGACAGCACUCACACAGCUGCACUCGUUCAAGAUGGUGCUGUCCCAAAGUUAAUAGAUCUACUUAGUCAUUCGAGCAUGAACGUUGCUGAACAAAGCGUUUGGGCCCUGGGAAAUAUCGCCGGGGAUGGUGCACUAUUUCGUGAUAUGUUGAUCGGUGCUGGCGUUCUCCCACCAAUACUUAAGUUGCUUGAGCGUUCGUGGGAUAUGCAGGGAGUCGUAUCCAAUAUAGCGUGGGUUUUAUCAAACCUUUGUCGCAACCGGGACCCUCCACCUUCACCGGAUGUGAUCAAAACAAUGCUUCCUGUUCUGAAACGACUUUUACACUAUGAUAAAUCUUCUGAUGUGGUUAUCGAUGCUGCUUGGGCCCUUUCCUACGCAAGUGAUGCUGUCAAUAACAUUAUCGAUGAAAUAAUCAAGAGUGGUUGCGUACCACAAUUGGUUCGCUUGUUGUCCUCCCGCUCUCCUAAUCUUUUGUCACCAACUCUUCGAACAAUCGGAAAUCUAGUGGUCGGCGAUGACACACAGACGCAAGCGGUCAUAGAUGCUGGCGUGUUACGUUAUGUUCCCGCAUUACUCUGCCACGAGAAAUCAAGCCUUGUGAAGGAGACCUGCUGGAUGGUCAGCAACAUUGCUGCCGGUAACAUUAAACAGAUCCAGGCAGUUAUGGAUCAUAAUAUCGUACCCUGUGUUUUGGAAGUUUUGCUACAAGGUGAGUUUCGUACCCAGAAAGAGGCCUGCUGGGUCAUUAGCAACAUGGUCAAUGGUGGAUCCGCUGAACAAUGUCGUUAUCUGUUGAACCAACGGACCGUACCGGCGUUGUGUAACUUGCUCAAUGUCUCUGAAGCACGUGUGAUCAUUUUGGUUUUAGAGACCUUGCAAAAGCUGUUUGAGGUAAGUGUCUCAGUGCCCUACGUAUACUCACCUACACCACCUUUCCUGACGUAAUUUCUGGCAGUCCAUGUAUCGGGUUGCAACGUCCUCUUAGUACUCUAUCCAAUAAACAUUUACCUUGUUAAUCCAGUUAGUUUUAGCUUUUCCACUUAUAGUGACUAAUUAACUUAGAAAUGGGAUGGGGCGGAAAACCUAAAUAAGCCUAUCGCAAUUUAUGGUGCUCUACGCUCGUUCUGCUUGUUUUUUGCCUUUCAUUAAAAAUACUCAUUUCAUUUACCAACCUCACCCUUGUUGUUAAAAACAUCUGAAUUCUGUGUGCGGUGCACUACGACGCUUGCCAUAAUUCCAAGCACCAUAGCACAAUGCGAUGAACUUUGAACUUGAUCAAGUUAGUUCAUUUAAGGAGCCAAAAUGGUAGAGGCAUUAAUUUCAGUUGUUUUUUAUUACGCUAUUGUUUGACGCUUUGUUCGCGACCGGAUAUUAGCAAACAAGCUGUUGGUUUCUGGUGUUUCCCUCUUCCAACUUCAGUUGCCAAUUGCCAGUCAGUGUUACCACUGCUUCCUUAGCUAGUUGGAUGUCGUUCGCAUAUCCGUUUCAUACAUGUUUAUAGUCUUUGUUGGCGUUGCUCGUAUGAAUGUCGAUACCCCAGUAUUGCCCUGACCACUACUCUGCACGGUACAGUCUUCUGACUAUUAAAGGAAUUCGUAACUAAUCGCUUCUGAGCAAACCCUCUGGAUAUCAACUUCUACGCUCUGAACUUUAAACCCACAUGAUUUCAGUUCAGAUGAACAACUCAAAUCCGUGCACCUAUGUGCAAAGGUUCACUCGUCACGGCUCGCAUCACUGACAGCAAUGAUAAGAAAAUGGAGUAAAGUGUAAACGGUAUACGAAAAAUGGGGGGUUAAGUAGGAACGAUGUGAAUUUAAUCGAAAUGUCACACUAACAGAUGAAUGCGAGAAACCGAAUGCAGGAAUUUCACUGACUGCACGGCUGUGCCACGUCCGAUAGAACGUGAUUUAGACUAUCUUGAAGCCCCAAUCCACGAAGAUAGCAUGCAACAGUCUGACCAAGUCAGUCAAUUUUCGCAUGCCUCUAUGCCACGUCAUAGAUGGGUCACUUCACGGUUUCGCCCAAUUUGGUGCAGCAACGGCGUAUAAUGCACCACGGGGAAAGCGGUCGACGGGCUUGCGUCACUUGUGUUCUUCAACUCACCUUUAUGUCUAUUCCAGUGUUAAACUCACGACGCUUAUUCAUCAUUGACAACUGAUAGACCAGUUCGUCGCGUUAUCAUGGAAUUGCGAAUUGCCUUCUCUUUACAAGUGAGAAGCUCAGAAAUUGGACGCCAUUUUGUGGUGAGGAUAGUGAUCGCCACUCGUGCACUUAUUAGUGCAUGUUCUGAAUGCAGGCACAUGCUCUAACUUAGACUGUUGUGCGCCAUUUAUAGCUGAUGGCAAUGUGAUCACUUUGGGUCCAGUUCAUCGACGAAUUCGUCAGGCGCUAAUUGACACGAUGUGAGUAUUUGUGCUGGUAAGCAGUUUUGUUGAUAUAAAACAUUGUGAUCAGCACAUAGUUGCACGAAUCGAUCGCCAUUAUAAGUUCGGCGUGCAGCGAUCCUGAAGCUCACCAUCAUCAUUAUACAUGUUUGCUAGAGGUGAAAGACACCUCAGCUACUGUGCCGCAAUACAUUU